UUUCUUCAAGAUCUAGUGAAACGUGAAAAAGGGUAUCACGGGAGCAAGGAGAAAAGUUUGGACCGGAAUAUUUAAGGAAUCGUAAUCUGUGGACUCGGUAUCCUUUCGCGAAGGGUUCCAUGUGAAGUUGAGACAAAAUGGAACCAGUUUCCAUAGAAGAGGGUGCUUCGCAUUCACGGGAUGCAACAAAAUACAGUGUCUGUGCGGCUGUCACAACAGCAGUCAUUCUGAUCCUCUCUGCGAUAGGUGCCGCCCUCUGCGGUGGCAUAGUAUACAUUCCGCUUAAGAUGUUGUAUCCGCCCAGUGCUUAUCAGAUCAUUGCUUUCAUUGAAAGUGGGGUGUACCUAAUAACUGCCCUUCUCGGAUUUGCCUCAAUGACGAAAUUGAGAUGCAUGAUUCUGGCUUAUAUGAUUUCCUGCGUCUUAUGCAUCUGUGUCAGCCUGGCAGGACUUGGAAGGUACUGCUAUGACAUCUUUGUGUUCUCACAGCUUGGACUCUUUGGAGAUUGCGGUGGAGGGUGUUUGUUCGUCACCGUACCUAUUUGCGUGCUAGCCGUUAUUAGUCUGAUCGGAUUCGUCACAUCGCUUGUUGGGUCGAUCUAUUGUUGCAAAGGGGUGUGCUCACCGUCAGAUAAAAAGACGUCAUCAAAUAUGACGGGCAUGGACCGAGUCCGAAUUCCGCGGCCUCAAACGUCAUAGCAACUUCGUUCACCGAUUGUGUAGAUGGCCGGGGGGGGGGGUCAUAUGACUGCCUCUAUUUCAAAGAUUAUUCGAUGAGUUGUAAAUCAAGUACAUUUUAAUAUCAAGUUUGUUGUGAUAAUACAGAGAAAUUUAGAAAAUAAAAAGUUGAUGAAUACUUGAAUGAAAUGUAUUUAAUAGUAACACAGCUAUGGCUUUGUAUCGAGUAAUAUCACGGGUAGGCAGCUGCUCCUUCAUUAAUAUAUAGUCCAGAAAUUGCCAUGUUUGUAAUCACUCUUGGUGACUGCGAAAUAUUUAUCUUGCGAACAUUGGCGAAGCACAUUUAAAAUUGGUCUGACGAAAACGCAAAAGUAUACGGUGUCGCAAACUGUAUGUCUUAAAAGCCACUUCUUUCUUUGUUUUAUUCUUCAGUUCAUGAAUAUUUGAAAACCACAAAUAUUCUCUCUUUUUUCGUUGGUAUUAUUGCUUAUACAAAAAGUAACUUAAAAUCUAGUCCAGUCCUGAUAUAUGGAUGAUUUGCAAUUUCACAUUGUUUUAAUUGUUCGCCAUGCCCAAAGCAUGCACGUGUUUCAAGGCCACUCUCGAUGGUUAACAUCUAUAUAUGUUCAUUAAAGACAGGCCUACUUUAUUUCU